GGCAUGACGUCAUAAGACUGCGCCGCGCUCCUGCAUCUGCUGUGAUUCUGCUGAAGAAAGAUGGAGUUUAUUAAAGAGGAGAGUGAAGAUAUGGAGAUAAUUAUUAAAGAUGAGAUUGAAGACGUGAAGAUUGAAGAUAUUGAGGAACAAACAGACCUAAUGGCACUGAGAGAGGCUAGCCAUGAACUUAAUGAAAGGGAAGAAGAGAAAGAACAUAAUGAUAAACAUGAUUUCAUGAUUGGAGAAAGAUCAACAUGGGCUAAAAACACUUCCUCACGAAAAAGAGCUCAAAAGAAAGGAACUAAAAGAUAUUUCACCUGCCAACAGUGUGGAAAGAGUUUUGAUCGACAUAGAAACCUUCAAGUCCAUAUGAGAAUUCACACUGGAGAGAAACCUUUUUCUUGCCGACAAUGUGGAAAGAGUUUCAAUCAAAAAGGAAACCUUAAAGUCCACAUGAGAAUUCACACUGUAGAGACCCCAUUCGCCUGCGUACAGUGUGGACAGAGUUUCAGUGAAAAAGGAAAACUUGAAAUCCACUUGAGAAUUCACAAAGGAGAAAAGCCUUACACCUGCCAAGAGUGUGGAAAGAGUUUCCAUUAUAAAGGAAACCUUAAGGUCCACAUGAUAAUUCACACUGGAGAGAGUCCAUUCACCUGCCAACAAUGUGAAAAGAGUUUCAGUGAGAAAGGAAACCUUAUAGCCCACAUGAGAAUUCACACUGGCGACAAGCCUCAUACCUGCCAACAGUGUGGAAAGGGUUUCAGACAAAAAGAAAAACUUGAAAUCCACAUGAGAGUUCACACUGGAGAAAAGCCUUACACCUGUCAAGAGUGUGGAAAGAGUUUCAGUCAUAAAGGAAACCUUACAGUCCACAUGAGAAUUCACACUGGAGAGAGCCCAUUCGCCUGCCAACAGUGUGGAAAGAGUUUCAUUGGUAAAGGAAGCCUCGACAUCCACAUGAGAGUUCACAAUGGAGAAAAGCCGUGCACCUGUCAAGAGUGUGGAAAGAGUUUCAGUCAUAAAGGAUGCCUUAAGCGCCACAUGAGAACUCACACUGGAGAGAAACCUUACACCUGCACUCUGUGCGGGAAUGGCUUUUCACGGCAACAAAUCUUUAGGGAACACAUGAAUAUUCACACUGGAGAGAAGCCUUUUACAUGCGAUCAGUGUGGAAAGAGUUUCGCACAUAAAUUGUCACUAUAUUUUCACAUGAAAAUUCACACUGGAGAGAAGCCAUUCAUGUGUGAUCAGUGUGGAAAGAGUUUCAGAUUAAUGGCUAACCUUAAGGAGCACAUGCGGAUUCACUCGAAAGAGAACUCUUUUAGAAGUCGUCACUCUGGAAAGAGCAGAGGUGUAAAGAGUUCCUGAAAAUCAUACUUGAAUAAAAGUACAGAUACCUUAUCUGCCUCAUCUCCUAAAUCAAACACCUGUGAUUCACAACUAACUGCUAAUGCACUUGCAUUCAUGUAAAGUAGCCUUGUUGGCAAGUUUGGGUGAGUAAAGGCAAACAUACAAGAUAUAGUACCUACAAUGCCUUCUUUAUAGCAGAAACUGCUGCAGAAAUAUUAGGUGCCAUGCAAAAUGUAAUGUAAGUAUUGGAGUAAAACAUACAUUUACUUGUUCACUUGUGUCAAGGAAAGAGUAAAAGUUGCUAAUAUCUUGAUACAAAGUAGCCAAAAAGAUACUUAAGUACAGUAACUAACUGCAUUUACUCAAAUACUUAACACCACUGGGAAAUAGUUCCACAGACAGUCUCCGUAAAUGGCAGAUUUAAAGAAAAUUACCGUCGUUUGGUAAAUAAAUAAAUUAAUUAUGGACAGUUACAAACACAUUACCAAUCAUGUAGUCUUUAAACAUAAAGCUGAUGUUUAAAUGUUUUGCCACUUGCGUGAGCAAGUAUUAAAUCAAAAGUAUUAGUUCAUACAGGGUUCCCACGGGUCAUGGAAUUUUAAAAUUUCUAUUUCCACACAUUGAAAGUCAGGAAAUUUUAU